AUGGCAGCCUGGAUCAGAGUUUCAGCUAUUCAAUUGGAAUGUUUUGAUGUCUGGGCUCUCAAGAGAAUUGGUAAUUUGCUGGGCAAACUACUGAAAAUUGAUGCUCUCACCACUAGCCAAAACAGAGGUAAAUUUGCACGUCUUUGUGUUGAACUCGACAUGACCAAGCCUCUAGAGGCCUUUAUUCAGAUAAAUCAAAUUUGGUAUAACAUUGAGUAUGAAGGGCUACCAGAUAUUUGCUAUCAUUGUGGUCUUUAUGGCCAUAAAAGCGAUACUUGUAAGCAAAGAGGGAAGCCUACUGCAGAAAUGCCUGAAGGGAAUCGAUCUGUCCCAAAUGGGGAACAAGUUAGACAAGAUACUAAUAUGGAAAAGGAAAGUGGUGAAGUAGAAGUGGAAAGUUUGAGGGGCCCGUGGAUGAACGUUCCACCUAGAAGGAAAACUAAGAACGGUGCAAAACCUUCGAGUGGGGGAAGUAACAACCUUAAGUCCCAUGGCUCUCGUUUUGGUGCUCUCGAAAGGCUUACUGAAGAUGUUGGAUUGGAAACCACAGAGGCUCUCGUUGACGACGCCCCAAAUAAUAAGGGGCCCAAUAAGGUUAAUUCUGACACUGAGGUGAAAAUAUGGACCAAGUCUAACAAAGCUAAAGGUGGAGGUAGACAGGCUAUGAAAGAUAUCUCGAACAGGAGUAUGGCUUCAAGCUCCAGAAGGGAAACUGACCAGCAGAUUAUAGUGAAUCCUAAGGACAACUCUCAGACUGGAUAUCCGAAUAAAGGAAAGUUUGUCUCAAGUAAGUUGCAACCUUCCCAAGCCGUGCCAGCCAAUGAGAAGGUUAGUGAUUGG